UCGCGCCCGCUCUCGCCAUCUUCGCCGCUUCCUUUCUGGGACCGCCGCCGCCGCCAUGAACAUUUUCCGGCUGACCGGGGACCUGUCCCACCUGGCGGCCAUCGUCAUCCUGCUGCUGAAAAUCUGGAAGACGCGCUCCUGCGCCGGUAUUUCUGGGAAAAGCCAGCUUCUGUUUGCACUGGUCUUCACAACUCGUUACCUGGAUCUUUUUACUUCAUUUAUUUCAUUAUAUAAUACGUCUAUGAAGCUCAUCUACAUCGCCUGCUCCUAUGCCACAGUGUACUUGAUCUACAUGAAAUUCAAGGCGACCUACGAUGGAAAUCAUGAUACUUUCCGAGUGGAGUUUCUGGUGGUCCCUGUGGGCGGCCUCUCAUUUCUAGUCAAUCAUGACUUCUCUCCUCUGGAGAUCUUGUGGACCUUCUCCAUCUACCUGGAGUCAGUGGCCAUCCUGCCGCAGCUCUUCAUGAUCAGCAAGACCGGGGAGGCGGAGACCAUCACCACCCACUACCUGUUCUUCCUGGGCCUCUACCGAGCCCUGUACCUCGUCAACUGGAUCUGGCGCUUCUACUUCGAGGGCUUCUUCGACCUCAUCGCCGUGGUGGCCGGCGUCGUCCAGACCAUCCUGUACUGCGACUUCUUCUACCUGUACAUCACGAAAGUUCUCAAGGGAAAGAAGCUCAGUCUGCCCGCGUAAGUGCCAAAGACCACCAGCAGCAUCUGUCCUCAGGGUGCUCGGACAGAAUUCUUACCACAGCAAAGGCUCAAGAUGCUUGAUGCGGAAAAUUGGAAACUCAGCUCUUCUGUUGCGGAUAGUCAUCAGUGGCUCUGUAAGAACCCAGAGGGAAAGAACCAGAAGGUUUCUGUUUAAUGCAUCUUGCCUUACCUUUUUUUAUUACUAUGUACAAAGAUUUUUUUACACAAAGAAACUUAAUGCUGUAUUAAUAAAGUCAGUGUGUAGCUUCAAUUGGGGGUAGUUCCAAAAGUGAAGAUUUUGUGAGGAAUAAGUGCAAACUGUUUUGGGUUUUUUUUAAUUCUUUGAAAUUGUUGAUUCUUUGUGUCUGCAAUGAAAUCGUACUCCUUGACAGUCAAUAGAUAAUAUAUUCCUCCAUCUAUCAAACUUGCAUUCCACUAUAUUUAUUUGUCUUUUUUUUUGCCAAAAGAUGAGGUAUCUUUGUCUGAAAUCUGAGACACUAUGUGCAGGUUGGUACAUCUGUUCAAAUUGCUUCCCAGUGCUAUGGAACUCCUUCCCUAGACGUCAAACACUACAUAAGACUGGUAGGGAUGACUUGCAGGCCUGAAGGUUUUCUUUACGAAAAUUUGAAGAUUCUGAAUGUAGAUGGAGUCUCGUUUAAGAGUCACCAAAGGUGCCUGCCCUCCUCCCCUACUAAGAAGUGUCGAUUUGAGACUGUUCCGAGGGUGUCGAAAAGCUUGCUGUGGGGUCGAGGGGGCUCUGGGCUGCUUGCCGUCUUGAGUGUGAUGUGCAAGAAACAUUAGUUUGGACUUAGGGCUCCUCUGAGGAAUGGAACACAAGUGGUUACCUAUCACUUUAAUUUACAAUUCCAGAAGAUUACUACAACCAUGUCUGUUCUCAGAUUGAAGUGGUUUUUCGUAUCCCUUUUGGAUAGCAGAAUGAUUGACUCUUUUUUUUUUUUAAUUGGCAGCACCAAUUGCCAUUCCUCUCACUCUUUUUGUUUUGUUUUUACUGAACUCUUGCAUGAUUCAUCUUCUGUUACCCUCCUAAAUAAACAUUUUAUUAAACCUAGAAUAAAUUGUCUUUUUUUCUGGAUUAGGGUUUUGGAACAUCCUAUGUCAGGAUGGGUUUUAUUCUUUGUUUUUCAGUUGGCAACAGAAGCUCUAUAUAGGGCCACAAACAUUUGUUCUUCCCUUAAUCUAAAACCUCUUUUUUUUUUUUAAUUGCCGUUUUUCCCCUGAUUUUGCCAUUGUAUUGAUUUGCUGCAUUUUUUCCUUGACUUAUGCAAAAACAUACAAUUUUGGAUUUUUUGUGAUGCAUCAUAAACGUUGAAGUAUUGAAUACUAACAGGGCUUACAACAAAAGGGACGUCGCAGUCUUGUUUAUGGCAUUAAAUUACCUUGCGAAGGAAGGGAACUGGAUGGAUUUCACUUUUAUCUAGUGUGUCUCCAGACAUCUUUCUAAACAGGCAGUGUAGCUGCAGUUUAACCUCCUGUCCUUAUCGCUCUCACCCCGCCCCCCCCCCCCUCAUGUCUUUGCUUUUGUAUAUCAGAGUAUCUUUCUUUCAGGCAUUCUAGUUUAGUUUCUGUUUUCAUCCUUUUUGGAAGAUUCUAAUGGCGAGGAAGGGUGGGAAAUCCCGGCCUACGUGGAGCAGACCCCAGCGUUCCCAAACUGGUGGCCGGGGGAGUCUGUUUUUGUGCAUGUAAAUCGAACACGAGCUGGGCUCCUUCUUCGGCGAGCAUAGAGCAUAGAGCAAGGAUCUGGGACUUGCGGAAGCAUGGAGUGUCAACGCCUCUGCCAGCCAUCUGCCCCAGGAAAAGUAAAGCGGGCUGAGAUGCCGCCACCAUCCUGUGGUCCGCCAGGGUGACAUCUCCACAAGUUCUUGGGGGGCGUGGGACCUGGGCAGCGGCCUGGCGCACGUGGGAACAAAGGCAUUGUCUGACGCACCCCACGAAGCACUGUUUCUGAAUUACUCUCACUUCCUGAAUAAAGGUUAUCAGGUAAUUCAUACUUUU